AACCUAGUGAGCAGACUACCUAGACUGCAUUUUGGGGCAUUAUAGGCGACAAAAUACUAAACGAUUACUGAACAUUUGCUGAUAUAAUUACCAGAAAUGCUGUCUAUGUAGGAGGCUCUGUAGGAUUUACGACACCUCCAGAGACUCACUGAGUAAAUUUGAUGAAUUCAGCUGAUUAUAACCAAGGCCAUGGAUGAAGAAUUUACUCCAUUAGAUUGCCUUCUGCCUUCAGGAAAACAAAAGAUAUGCUUGAUUAUCCUAAAUCAGCCAUUGGAUGAGAAGUACUUCCAUGUGCUGUGGAGUAAAGCCAAAAUCCGGGCAUGUGCCGAUGGAGGGGCCAAUCACCUUUACGAGCUCAUGGAGGGACAUCGUGAGAGUUUUCUCCCAGACUACAUAAGUGGAGAUUUUGAUUCGAUCCGACCAGAGGUCAAGGAUUUCUACCGAGAAAUGCUGAUUGAAACACCUGACCAGGACCUAACAGACUUCUCAAAGUGUUUGGCCAUUAUGCUGCAGAAGAUCAAAGAACAGAAAUUGCAGGUGGACACAAUAGUUACCCUGGGUGGUCUUUUAGGCCGUUUCGAUCAGAUCAUGGCCUCCGUGGAGACUUUAUUUCAUGCCCAGAAGAUGACCAAUCUGCCCGUGGUUGUCAUACAGGGCAGUUCUCUGGCCUUCCUCCUCCAAGAGAACAAACGGCAUCGGCUAAAUGUGAACACUGGUUUGGAGGGUAAAUGGUGUAGUCUCAUUCCGGUGGGCUGCCCUUGUCUCACCACCACUUCUGGGCUCAAAUGGAACUUGGACAAUCAGGUGUUGGCUUUUGGAGAGCUAGUAAGCACAUCUAACACUUAUGAGGACCACGACCCCAAAGAAGGCAGAAAACCUGUGACAGUCUCAACUGACAAGCCACUUUUAUGGAGUAUGGGUAUUAGAAAACUGUGAACAAAGCACCCAAGCACAAAGCCUUAAAAAGUGCCUUUUUUCAGCAAUAACAGCCUUUUAUUAACAAAGACAAUGAGUAGUGUAACUUUUGAUUUAUUAACACAGCCAAAUAAAAAAUUUAACACGCACAAAAAAAACUAUUUUUACAAAUUUUCGCAUUCGAUUCAUCAUCAAACACAGUUUCUGGCAGGCGAGGGUCUGUAUGGGUUCACAAUGGAGAUGAUUUAG